AUGGCAGAUGAGUAUAGAGAGACAUUGUUGAAGAACGAUAAUUACUAUGAGAAUUGCCCAGGGUGUAAGGUCGAUCGACUUAAAGAGUUGAAGAGAGGAUUCCCAUUUCGUGAGCUUAUAUCGAUAUGGAUUGUUGUGCUUUGUACUGCACUUCCUAUAUCAACUCUUUUUCCAUUCCUUUACUUCAUGAUUAGAGAUUUUGGUAUUGCAGAACGAGAAGAAGAUAUUGGCUAUUAUGCUGGAUAUGUAGGGUCGUCGUUUAUGCUUGGGAGAGCUCUAACAUCUGUUUUCUGGGGAAUGGUAGCAGAUCGCUAUGGUCGAAAACCUGUUAUACUUCUAGGGACCUUAGCAGUCCCUGGUGGAUAUGGCUCAGAAUUGACAGAAAUGAUUCAAUUCCAGGUUAGUACAGCAUGGGGUCUAGGACUCAUCAUUGGCCCAGCUUUAGGGGGUUUCCUGGCGCAGGAAACUUUGCAUGUGCACAAUGAAAAGGAGACUGAACCAAAGGAUUCUUAUGAUGCUUUGGAAGCUGCAACAGAUGAUGGUGAAAGGAAACCAACUUCUAAGGAAAGCCUUUUAAGGAAUUGGCCUUUGAUGUCCUCCAUCAUUGUCUACUGUAUUUUCUCACUUCAUGAUAUGGCUUACACAGAGAUAUUCUCAUUAUGGGCUGAAAGCUCUAGAAAGCUUGGAGGCCUGGGCUAUACGACCGAGGAUGUUGGUGAAAUUCUGGCAAUCACAGGUUGCAGCCUUCUUGUCUUUCAAUUUUCUCUAUAUCCAUACGCGGAGAGGAUUCUUGGACCGAUAACAGUAGCUCGGAUUGCUGGGAUUAUAGCCAUACCACUGUUGGCAAGUUACCCCUUUAUAGCUAUGUUAUCAGGGCUCAGUCUCAGCGUGACGAUAAAUUUUGCAUCUGUAAUGAAGAAUGUUCUUUCUACAUCAAUUAUAACUGGCCUGUUUAUUCUGCAAAACAAUGCUGUGGAUCAAGACCAAAGAGGAGCUGCUAAUGGCAUUGCUAUGACAGCAAUGUCUCUUUUCAAAGCAGUAGGUCCUGCUGGAGGUGGUGCGCUAUUAUCUUGGGCGCAAAGUCGCCAGAACGCUGCAUUCCUUCCAGCCGUUACACAGAACACUUGCCGCCUUCCACAGAAUGAAAAGGCACGCCUCGUCCCUUCGCUUUGCCCCUUCCUUCCGCCGCCGCCACUGAUCUGUUUAGGACCUUCGGUGUUUCUCUUUCAAGCUGUCAAGCUGGCCUCUUUCCUUCCUCACUCUCUCUCACAGUCUCUCUCACUUUCUGCCAAAACUCAAAACAACCACCGGCCACCUUCCAAGCCACCAGCCACCACCGAGCAACCGAGCAGGCGACCACUUAUGGAAGGCGAUAGCAAUGCAUUGAUCUUGCCAGCAAAGAAAAGUAAUAAAAGGAAAGGCAUGAAUCAGGAUCGUGAAGUGGUCAAGAAAAAUAAAAACCCACAAUUAAGUAAAUCCCAGAAAAGAAAGUUGAAGAAGUUGGAGGUUGAAACCGUUAGAGAAAAACGCAGGAUGGCAGUACAAGUUUCCAAGGCUGGUUUAGAAGUUCCCCAGGGCGACCAACCUUUUGAGAGGAGUCAUAGAACUGCUUCUUUUGAGAUUGAAGCUGAAUUGGAAAAGAUCCAAUCAAAGAAGGAUGCAAAUGAGAAAGGCCAUUUACAAGCAAUGGUAAUAGGAAGAAAAGUUCAAAACCAUGCAUCUUUUUCACUGGCUUAUCAAGAUCCAGUUAGCGGUAACGAACUUGGCUUAAAUGGUGGAUCUGUUUCUGCCUUCUUAGCUGAAGGAUUGCCCAAUAAGGAUAAUUGUAAACCUACACAGGAAGACCCUAAAAAUUCUUCGCUGGUUUUAAGUGAUCAUGCUGCUACAACAACCGCCAGUUUAAUGUAA